CAUGCACCUCCUGCGAACAGCAGAGGCGCUUCCCCUCACCCUUCACGCCCACAGAGACAAGCGGCUUCAGAUUAUGCGCGCGUCCUCGGGCAAGUACCUGAGCCGCACCCCCGACAUGCUGCUCCGCCUGACCAUGGCAUACCUGCUUGGCCUGCACCACGUCAACCUCACGCUGCUGUGGGCCGACGCGAAGAAGGCGCUUGGCGAGUUUGCCCGUUGCCGCCCGCUCGUGCUGUGGACGCUCUUUGAGGACAAGUUCAUGCGCGUGCUUGACGCGAGCGUGGAGAUGGGCGAGAUCAUGACGGAGCAGGCGCGCACCAUUGGCCAGCAGCAGGUGACAGACUCGGCACACCGCAUCGUCGACGACCGCUUGGACGUGCUGUCGUUCCGGUGUCUGGUGCACCCGCUGGAGCAUCGCGUCAACCUUCUGCAGAAGCCGGACUGGGACAACAACAUGACGCAGGUUGCAGACCGGUUUGUCAACGCCGUGUGCCCGCAACCGCGCGUUGAUGUGCUCAAGCUGAUGCAAACCUUUGCCGAGCUCGCCAACACCUGGCCCCUCCUCACCGAGCAAAAGCACAGGACGCUGGUUGAGAAGUUCCUCCAGCUGCACGACGACUACCUGGUGGUCGAAGAGGGAGCAGGAAAACUGCAGGACAUUUCCGUUGCAAACGCCGGCCUCGCGGGCAUUUCGAUGCAGUCGCUCGGCAUUGAGGAUCUUGGCGGCGACCUCGACAACCUCAGUGACGAUGAGAGCGUCAACGAGGAGGAGGACGAUGGGGACAAUGAUGAACGGCGCCGGAAGCGCAGCGCCAUGCAGCACGACGGUCGUCGUGGUGGUCGUGGUGGUCGUGGUGGUCGUGGUGGUCGUGGUCGUGGUGGUCGUGGCCGUGGUCGUGGUCGUGGUCGUGGUCGAGGACGUGGUCGUGGCCGUGGUGGACGUGAUAGCAAGCGCCCCAAGCGGGAGGAUGACACUUCCAACGACAACGCUGACGAUGAUGACACGAAGCGCGAUGGUGCCGACGCCACCAACGAUGGCGACGAUGCUGUGCAGGCGUAUGAUCCAACGGCGGCUGCGCGUCGUCGCGUGUUCUGGCGGCGGCGGCGGCAGAUGGUGCGCAUGGUGCGCAAGCGGCGAAAGGUCGCGCUGAGCCAGAUGGAGGCCAUGCUCUCUGUGCUCGCCAGCUUCAACAACGGGAAGGCGCUGAUGGAGUGGGAGCGCCUGCAGGCGAUUGUGCACAACUUCCUGCACCAUUCUGACGCGAACAUCCGCGCCAACGCCCUCAAGGCAAGCGCUUCGUUCAGCCGCGUGGUGCGCAAGUACCUGGAGCCCAUGAUGGCUGUCAACACGGAGAUGGGGCCCCAGCUCACAGAGCGCUUGAAGACAUUCAACGUCGCCUCCCCAGCCGUUGAUAUGAAGUUCUUAUAUCUGUAG